UUCCGCUUCCGCCGGGGAGGAGCUGGGGUCGCAGGCAUGAGCCGCUUCAAGUUUAUUGAUAUUGGUAUCAACUUGACAGAUCCUAUGUUCAGAGGAAUUUAUAGGGGGGUUCAAAAGCAUCCAGAUGACUUACAGGAUGUAAUAAAGAGAGCUGCCCAGAUUGGUGUUAAAAAGUUUAUGAUUACAGGUGGGAGCCUACAAGACAGUAAAGAUGCACUGCAUUUGGCACAGACAAAUGAUAUGUUUUUCAGUACGGUUGGAUGUCAUCCUACACGAUGUGGUGAAUUUGAAAAGAAUAACCCUGAUCUUUACUUAAAGGAGUUGUUAAAUCUUGCUGAAAACAAUAAGGGGAAAGUUGUGGCAAUAGGGGAAUGUGGACUUGAUUUUGACCGACUGCAGUUUUGUCCCAAGGAGACUCAGCUCAAAUAUUUUGAGAAACAGUUUGAACUGUCAGAACAAACAAAAUUACCAAUGUUUCUUCAUUGUCGAAACUCACAUGCUGAAUUUUUGGACAUAAUGAAAAGAAAUAGAGAUCGGUGUGUGGGUGGAGUGGUGCAUUCUUUUGAUGGUACCAAGGAAGCAGCAGCUGCUCUGAUUGACUUGGAUUUUUACAUAGGGUUCAAUGGUUGCUCACUGAAAACUGAGGCUAAUUUAGAAGUUUUGAAGUCAAUACCUAGUGAAAAAUUAAUGAUUGAGACUGAUGCACCUUGGUGUGGAGUCAAAAGUACACAUGCAGGAUCAAAAUACAUAAAAACUUCAUUUCCUACCAAAAAGAAGUGGGAAAACGGGCACUGCUUGAAAGACAGAAAUGAACCUUGCCAUAUAAUUCAAAUACUGGAGAUAAUGUCGGCAGUAAGAGAUGAGGACCCACUGGAAUUAGCCAAUACUCUGUAUAACAACACCAUUAAAAUAUUUUUCCCUGAUAUGUAACUGGAUGUCUUCCGUUUCCCAUAAUGUAUGUAAAAUUUCAUGGUAAAACUUACUGAAAGUUUCAAUAAAGGACUUAUCUGGAAGCUGUUUAAAGA